AUGGCCGUGACCUGCUGUGCGCUCACCAGCCUAGUGGUCAUGAACAGCGCUAGCGAGGCGAAGAGUGGCGGCCCGGGGCCCAGCGGCAGUGAUACGCCCUCAGCCCCGAGCCUCGACAGUGUUUUCAGUCCUGGGACGACGGCAGCCUCUUUCCUUUUCCCCCACGCCGUGGAACCGCGCAGCCCCAGCGGCCGGCGCAGACUGAGUAGUGGCGGCGGCGUGGGAAGCCCGGGGCGCCUGCGGGAGGACCGGCUGCUUGGGACGACCACCGGCGUCCUCUCCCCUCCGAGCCCGGAGGAGGCCCAGAGGAAGCUGCGGAUUCUGCAGCGCGAGUUGCAGAAUGUGCAGGUGAACCAGAAAGUGGGCCUGUUCGAGGCUCACAUCCAGGCACAGAGCGCCGCCGCCCUGGCGCCCCUCAGCCCUCGCCUGGGUCGGGCCCGCUCGCCCUCCCCGAGACCCUUCCGCAGCAGCAGCCAGCCUCCGGAAAGGGGCCUGGUUCAGGGCCCCCCCAUCGAGGAACGAAGGACAAAAUCCUGGGGGGACCAGUGUCCAGAGACUCCCAAUGUGGCAGGAGAGUGCAGCCGGAGCCCCUCGAAGGACACGGAGGAAAUGGCAGACACGGAGGAAAUGGCAGCCCUCCUGGGCCCCACCACCCUAACAGGACCAUACACUCAUAAUCCAGCGGCUCCAUUGAAGGAGAAGGGGCCACCUGCCAGUCUCCACAGUGGCUCACCAGUCCUUGAUGUGGAAGUUGACAAGACAGUCAGUUUUCUUUCAGAAACUUGGAAGGGUGGAGCUCCCAUAUCAGAGACUGUUGGACCAAGCCUAGUGAUAGCCACAGAAGUGGCAGCGAUGGCCAUAUCCACAGGGCAUCACUGUCCACGUGAUACCGCUCUCAUUGAGUGGGCCAGCAAACUUGGGGCCUCCAACCCCUGGGAGGCCCUGGUAGAGGGACAAGGGCAGUUUCUGGGCAGUGAGACAAGCCCAGCCCCAGAGCCAGUCGGCCAGUGCAGUGGAGAGGCUCCUGGAAAGGUAGGGGGAGGGGUCCUGCCCUGUGGCAGCCCAUGCUCCAGGGUGCCUGAAGUCACUAAAAAGCCAGAGGAACGAACUGCAAAUGCACAGAGCUCAGAGCCAUUAGAGGUCUACAGCUGCUCCACGCUGCCUGGACACCUGGGUUCCAUAGGUGGUGGAGAGGUUCAGAGUGGGAUCUCUGGGAGUGAAGAGGCCCAGCCACUCCCUGCCCGAGUGGGGGAAGGGUCUCCUAUGCUAGGCUUGCUUGGGGGCAGUCCCACAGCACAGCCAGGGAUCAAACAGGUGGAGGUGAGCAUUCCUUCUGGCAGAAUGUUGGAGUCUUUAUCCUGUUGGGAACUAGAGAGAGGCCAGAAUGAACCCCAGUGCCUUCCCAGGGAUAGGGUGGGUGUGCAGACUGGGGGCUCCAGACCUUGGCUGCCUCCCAUGGAGGAAGCUGGCCUGGCCUGGAUUCUAGGCACAGGGGUACAAAAGAGGAUUCGGGAAAGUCAGCUGCAGGAUGGUGAUGCCUACCCCAGACCUGGGCAGCUGCCCUUGGACCAGGACAAGACUGCCUUGGGAGAGACCUGCAACCUUAGCAACAUGCCUGCCAUUCCUGCAGUCAUCAUUACAGAUGUGGGGGCCCAGGAGGAUGGGGGCCUGGAGGAGGUGCAUGAAAGCCCUCAGAGCAGCCUGCCCCUGAGGAAGCUGUCCUCCUCUUCUGCCUCCUCCACGGGCUUCUCCUCAUCCUACGAAGACUCAGAAGAGGACAUCUCCAGUGACCCUGAACGCACCCUAGACCCCAACGCAGCCUUUCUUCAUACCCUGGACCAGCAGAAACCCAGAGUGGGGAAUCACGCUGUCAGACAUGGCCUGAUGGAGAAAGGCUGUGAGGACAACAUGACUGCAGACAAGGGUUUGUCACAGCAAUUUCACCACUGCAGGGAAAGAAGCUAAUGAGAACCAGAGAAAAAUGAGUAACAACUCAUCGAAGUAUUCUUUGGUCUUUGAGAAACCAUCUAAUUUUAUCUGCUUGCCACUUGAAUAUAUAAUCAUAAUUGCGGCGAACUUUGGUCAAGUCCUUCUGUGUCAAGCAGUGUUCUAAAUGUCUUUUGUGGGUCAUCUCAUUUAAUCCUCACAGCAGCUGUUUCAGAAAAGCUAUGAAUUCCCCAUAGAGUGAAGAGGCAUAGUGAGUGCCUAGUGAUGAGCUGCCAUCUACUUUGGGGUCAGAGCUUUAGACCUUUAGGUUGUGUACUCUGUCCUGCUGUUGCUUUGUUGGCAGUUUUCAUGUUUUUGAUAGCAGUCAAUUCCCACACAUAGCAAUGAACAUGUUCCUAAAUAUGAUCCUCUUUCCUCUCACUUUAGUCACUUACUUGGGAAAUGAUUCCCUUCAGAGGUCAGGGGACAAAAGCCAAGAGAGAAUGCAGUUUGAUGUUUCAUCUUCCUGCAGUACUUUGUGGUAAGGCCCAACCAGUUGCAGAGUCACUCACAAAGUAACUAUAACCCUUCCUCUACUUCCACUGGCUUUUAUUUAUAAUUUGCAAUUGUCCAAUUAUCUCUUAAAGAGGUUUUAAUUUUUUUUUCUCUUCAAGAGGGAUUCUACAUUAGUUUCCUUGAGUUGAUGGCCUCUAAUUACUCACUUGUAAACAGCCUGUUGAUCUGUAUGGGAGAAUCACCGAACACAUAUCAAUAGCAUUUUUAUAUAGCGAACUGUCAGUUAUGUUAUUUACAGACAUUUUCCCAUCCCAAAGUAAUCUCUGAAAAUUGUACCUCAUUUGUAAGAAAGUUCUCAUUCUGAAUUAGUCUUCCCCUUGUGAACUAGUUCAAAAUUGGUCUGGUCUGAUACCUAGAGACCAUAUGAUAUUAGGACCCAGUAGUUUUUGCUGAUUUCUCCUUAUUUGCAGACCAGCCUUGGAUAGGUUCUUGGAGCACUGAACUGUGUCCACAGUGUGGAGACUAGACUUUUUGGAAACUCUUUUUGGGCCCCUAAGAAAUAACUUGGUUGAGUGUUCAGUGGCUGACUGUUGGCGGUGCCCAGCCACCCCAAUGCCCUAGAGACUUCAGAAGGGUGAAGGGAGGGGUGAUGGCACACCCAGCCCUAGAAAUCCAGACAGAAUGAUGCUCAGAGACUUUCACAGAAAUAGAAAAGGACUUCUGGCUCUUGUGGACUACUGUAGCAUCGUUGUCCCCAUCCCUCCCCCCACAACCCGCCAGGCUGCAACUUGCUUCAGAAGGUGACAUACAUUUGUCCCCUGGAACACUUAGUUGAAUCUUUUGGGCCUUGUGUGUAAAAUCCAAGAGCUGGUGUAGGUCAUUGGCUUUUUAAAAACUCAUUUUGGGUCUGGCACCAUUUUAGAAAAAUGAAAGCUGGACCCCUCUUCUGGGAGAAUGAUGUUUCUCACAGGCCAUUUGCAAGUAGAAGUCUGUCUUGCAGUCCUCUGACUAUGUAAUUAGAGCCCAAAGACUUACUGACCUCUGACAUCUAUCUCAAUUUAGAAAGCCCACAUUCUAGAAAGUUUCCGGUUAAGAAAACUAUGGAUGGGGUAGCUAAAAAGAGUUUCUUGAACUUGAGUUGGAAGAACCACUGUCCGCCCCAAAAGGUUUCAUUAUCAGGUAUUUUAUGUGUUAUCACUUGAUAAUUCUCAGGAUUGAAUUCAACAUUGUAACACUAUGUUCUUUCCCUUCAACUUUUUUCAUUUUUUUCUUUUUUUUUUUUUUUUUCAUUUUUUUUAUCGGUACCAAGGAUCGAACUCACGACCGCCUGCUUGCAAGGCAGGUGCUUAUGCCGCUGAGCUAAAUCCCCAGCCCCCUCCCUUCAACUUUUUAAUAAAUUUUGUACUGCUUCUGAAAUUACUGAAAUAUUUUAGUAGGAAGUGAAAUCAUUUGCCCAGGUGUUCCUGGCAACUCCAGAAGCUGUUGGCCUCUGCCUCCUGACCCUUAGCCUUCUCUCGAAAGCCCUUUAGCACCUUAGAACAAGACAGGAAAGUCUGAUUGGGUUGAUGUGUAUGUGAUCAGGGAAAGGCUGAGUGUUGGAAGAUGAGAGAAGAUUUCCUUUCAGUUGGUCCAUGACUACUUUCCUGACACUGUGGGCCUGCUUGCUUAAGAGGCUUUGCUUCAGUUCCCAGGGACUUUUAAUUCCUCAAAAUACUUGUCUGACGGGAGUCCUAAGGAAUGAUUUCAGCUUCAGAGGUCAGGAGAAAAUUCCAGGGCAAACCGAUAUAGUUGGAGGGAAGAUGCCCACAGUCUUCAGCUGGGGAAACCAUCCCAGCCUCCCAGAAUGGGUGGAACAGUCACAGAUGAGCCUGGUGGGAGAUAUGGAAGGGCUGUGAGCCUGUGUGUAUGGGCACCAGGUGUUUUUCAUAGUUGGCUUUGGCCCAGGGAGUUGACAGGCAGAUUGGAGGAUCAGAAUUUUGAACUACAAUUUCAUGUUUCUGGACUCAUUUCCCUCCCUCAGACCACCAUAAUAUUCCUGGAAAACGUAGGAUCAGUGAUAAAGGAAUUGACUCCUAGUAUUUUAUGAAAUUUUCGGAUGAUUUUGCUACCUGAGAGUGGCGUUGAGGGUGAGGAACCUCAGGAUUCCUGACUUGAACUCUUUGUAGCCCAUUCUGGUUCCACCAUAGUUAUUAAUGCUGUUAUCUGCAACCUGUCCUCAAAUUCAUCUCUGAACAUUUAGUACUUUUGGCCAAUGCUCAAUUUUUUUUAAAGCACAUCCUUUUGCCAGUAAUUCUUUCAAAAUCUUAGGUUUUAUAAAGAGUUUGUUCCACAUUGCAAAGGUGCCCAUGACUUGUAAGAAAAGUCAUUGCAGCAGAAGGCUCUAAACAGAGUGGAAGCUGGAUGAAGUGGCAGGUUUUGGGUGCUGAACUUUCACACCUGUUCAGUGGGGAAUAUCGCAGGGCGAAGCUUCACUGUUAAGGUGCCAGGAUGAGGCCCUGCUUUGUGUCAAGCCACUGUGAACACUUCCUUGUCAUUUUUAUCGUCACUGCUUUUGUCACAUCGUUUUGCUCAUCUCCCUAGUGAGAAAAUAUUGCUUUCCAGAAAGACUAUUUUUAUUGUUGCCUGCUGAGUUGUUUCCCAUAGUGACCCGGAAGAAAGGUCAGAGGGUUCUUCUCUAGCUCUGUAGGUCUUCAUCAUUUUACACAGGAAAUUCUUACAACGCUGACUAGUUAUGACUAGGCUAUAGCUAGCCUGGAUUAUAUAACGUUUUUAAAAGAUAAGUUGUUAUCAUUUUCUUGGUCUUGUAUAAUUACAUUGGGAUCUAAUGUAGUAAGAGUUAAUAACUUGUAAUUGGUAUUUUAUGACAUGCUAAACAUUAUUCUGACGUGCUCAUGCUAUUACUGUUUGUACUUGUUUCUUGGUCUCUUGUUUCAUAAUACAAACAAAUGGAAUUCAGUUUAAGACUGAAUUUUUAUGAAAAGUUUGAAUCAGAACAGUUCUAGAGCUGGACUCUAUGGAAAUGUAAGCUGCUGACCAACAACACGGAAUGCAGAGCCAGUCCUUUGCAAGCUCUCGGUGGGGUUCGACAUUAAAUUUAAGAAAUUAAUAACCUUGUGUGUCCCAGAGUGGGAGGGGCGCACUGAAGUGACUUCAGAUUUGAGCACCAGAAGACCUAUAAUGCCCCCCUCAGUUCUAAGCCCCACCAAAGUGUGAUACUCGUUUUACAAACGGGGAGUUUCCCCGAGCACCCACAGUUCCGGGGCGCUGCCCCUCCCGGAGGGUUCCAGAGUUGGAGCUUGGCCUCCCACCGGGAGGGCGCCGGCAGGACAGGCCCUGCCCCAGAGCCGGGGUUAGCGGCCCGCCCCGUCACGUGACCGGCGCCCCGGAGCACUCUGGGAGGCGGCGCCCCCUCACGGGCUGCGGCGGGGCGGCAGGCGAGCGGUGGGCGGAGGCCGCGUGGGUGUCGGCGAGCGCGCGGUCCGUGGGUUCUUCGGCCGCAGGACUGUGAGGAGCGAGGCGGUGGCUGGCAGCCCCGAGAGCGCUUCUCCGCGGUGCUGCGGGCGGCGCGCCCGUCACCGCGUCGGCACGCCCACCUCGUAAUCACUCAGACGCGCACUUCGCCUUGGCAGGCCACAGCGAGUCUUCCUUCGGGUCCUUGUUAGACCUCAGUGUUUGAGCUGCUGAAACCCAGGGCAUGUUUGAUUUAGAUAUUUUACUGUUAGGAAAAUAAAUCACCUCCUGCAGUUGCGCCAGCUCUGAUAGUUCCUCGGUAGGAUCAGGGUGGACGGUCUUGUAGGAAGAAAGCUAACUCGAAAGGAAUACAAAA